CCAUGCCUCUGAGCCUUCAGAACAUCUCCCUCAAGCACUUGGGAACUGAAAUCCAAAACACCAUGCACACUAUCCGUGGCAACAAGCACACCCCGGGAACCGGCCUUGGAUAUCUGGUGGAAGAGGCUACACAGAGUGGGGAGCAGACCCCAACACCUGACUCCAGCACCCCAGCAGGGAAGGAACCAGCAGAUUCUCCAAAGCCUGCACCCAAGUCCUCUCUGCCUGCCAGUCUCCCACAGAAGACCAAGUCUCAGAGCAAUACCUUCCCAUUCUUUUCUGAAGGGCUGGUGCGUAAUAGGACAGCUCAAGAGAAGGUGGUAGCCUUGGAGCAGCAGGUGCUGGUGCUUACCAAAGAGUUGAAGUCUCAGAAGGAGCUGGUGCAUAUCCUACACAAGGCACUGGAGGCUGCCCAGCAGGAGAAGAGGGCUUCCAGCUCAUUCCUGGCUGCAGCUGAGGACAAGGACCGGCUGGAGUUGGUACGGCACCAGGUGCGGCAGAUCGCAGAGCUUGGCCGGAGAGUGGAGGCCCUGGAGCAGGAGCGAGAUAGCUUAGCACACUCAGUCAGCCUGCGCGAGCGGGAGGUGCAAGAGCUUCAGGAGCACGUGCAGCUGCUCAUGGACAAGAACCAGGCCAAGCAGCAGGUCAUCUGCAAGCUGUCUGAGAAGGUCACCCAGGACUUCACGCAGCCCCCCGAGGAGCCCCGCUUGCCUCCCAACCCCACUGACAGGGACCUCCUAAGCCAGGAGGAGAGGAUGGAGCAUCUGAAGGACGACAUGGAAGCAUACCAGACCCAGAACCGCUUCCUCAACUCUGAGAUCCACCAGGUUACCAAGAUCUGGAGGAAGGUGGCUGAGAAGGAGAAGGCCCUGCUGAUGAAGUGCGCCUACCUCCAAGCCAGGAACUGCCAAGUGGAAAGCAAGUACCUGGCAGGGCUGCGGAGGCUGCAGGAGGCCAAGGCUGGGGAGUGCUCUGAGCUGCUGCGGCAGCUCAUCCAAGAGGCGCUGCAGGGGGACACUGGUGUGGCCUCGGCAGACAGUGUGGAGCUGAGCCCUGUCAGGGUGUGGCUAACAUGGACUUUUGCUGACAGUGAGUAUGACGAGUAUGGCUUCCUGACAGUACCUGACUAUGAGAUGGAAGACCUAAAGCUGCUGGCCAAGAUCCAAGCACUGGAGGUGCGCUCCCACCACCUGCUGGAGCUCGAGGCAGUGGAGCGGCCACUGCAGCAGCGCUGGGCUGCGCUGGGUGAGCUGGCACCCUCGGCUGAGCUGAAGCAGCUGCUGCGCGCGGGAGUGCCCCAUGAGCACCGGCCACGCGUCUGGAAGUGGCUGGUCCACCGCCGUGUCCAGCACCUGCACACCCCAGGCUGCUACCAGGAGCUGCUGAGUCAGGGUCGGGCCUGUGAGCACCCUGCUGCCCGCCAGAUCGAGCUGGACCUGAACCGGACUUUCCCUAACAACAAGCACUUCACAUGUCCAACCUCCAGCUUCCCUGACAAGCUGCGUCGGGUACUACUGGCCUUCUCCUGGCAGAAUCCCACCAUCGGGUACUGCCAGGGCCUGAACAGGCUGGCGGCCAUUGCCCUGCUCGUCCUGGAGGAGGAGGAGAGUGCCUUCUGGUGCCUGGUGGCCAUCGUGGAGAGCAUCAUGCCAGCUGAGUACUACAGCAAGACUCUUAUGGCAUCCCAGGUAGACCAGAGAGUGCUCCAGGACCUCCUCUCGGAAAAGCUGCCCCGGUUGAUGGCCCACCUUGGGCAGCACCAUGUGAACCUGUCCCUGAUCACCUUCAACUGGUUCCUCGUGGUCUUUGCAGACAGUCUCAUCAGUGACAUCCUCUUGCGGGUCUGGGAUGCAUUCCUAUAUGAGGGAACCAAGGUGGUGUUCCGCUAUGCCUUGGCCAUUUUCAAGUACAACGAGGAGGCAAUCCUGCAACUUCAAGAUGGCCUGGAGAUCUAUCAGUACCUGCGCUUCUUCACCAAGACCAUCUGUGACAGCCGGAAGCUGAUGCACAUCGCCUUCAGUGACAUGAAUCCCUUCCCUAUGAAACAGCUGCGGCAGCUGCGGGCGGCUCACCGGGAACAGCUGGAUGCUGAGCUGCGCAAGCUGGAACUGCUCAAGGCCCAGUACCUGGAGAGGCAGGCGCCCAGGGAUGACAAGAGGCCUGAGGGGGGCGCUAGUGAGGAUGAAGGGGAGGGAGACGCCUGAUCCAAAGCCGUGGAGCCUGGCAUGGACCAGGGCUCCAGAGCCGUCUCCAUCUGACCCUGGAUAAGUCCCUUCUUUCCCUAGGCCUCGGUCUCUCCAGCAGGGUGUUACGGUGAAGCCGUUAAUUGGGUUACCUCUCAAGGAGCACUGACUCGAGGAUGCCACCCUGCCUGCACCCCACACGGAGGCCCUGAGCAUUCUUAAGUUUUGUCUAUAAAGCAGUGUCAGUAUGAA